UACCACCAUUCGCUAUAUAUUAAAAUCCCCCCUUACUCUCUCUAUCUUUGCUUCAUUGCAUUUGUUUUCUGUAGCCCUUAGUCUGUUACUCUGUUAGGUCAGCUGCCUUAUUUUGAUUUCCUUUUAGUACUAUUUUUCUUUAGAUUUGGGUGGAUAUGCAAGCUCAACCGGAUUUUGAGGUGUCUAAUAUUGAUCAUCAAGCCUUGAUCAUGAAAGGCAAGCGUACCAAGCGUCAAAGAUCAUCGUCCCCGUUCGGUGUCACUGUGACUUCUAGCUCCUCAAGUGCUUGCGGCGGCGGCGGUGGAGUGGCGGAGGAAUACAAUUCGAUUUCCUCUCCGGUGACUUCCGGUGAGAUUUACGAGAGCACCGAGGAAGAAGAAGACAUGGCUAACUGCCUAAUCAUGUUAGCACAAAGUGAUGGCCCAAAAAGGAGGAGCAAUAUUGAAGAGAAACAGGAGAUGGUUACUGCAACAAACAAGGCUGGAGUUUAUGCGUACGAGUGUAAAACCUGUAACCGGUCUUUCCCAUCAUUCCAAGCACUAGGAGGGCAUAGGGCAAGCCACAAGAAGCCCAAGGGAGCCACCGCAGAUGAGAAAAAACCACUUUUUUUGGCAUUCAAAGAUCAUGGUGUUGAAGACGCUGAUCAAUUCAAUAGAGAAAGCCCUGCGGUUCUUGCUUUACAAGUAGGUAACAACAACAACAACAACAACAAGACUAAUAGUCAUGGGAACAAGGGUAACAAGAUUCACGAGUGUUCAAUCUGUGGCUCUGAAUUCUUGUCUGGUCAAGCCCUUGGAGGCCACAUGAGACGGCACAGGGCGGCGGCAAGCAAUCAAGCUGCUGUGAGUGUUGAUACUACUAGCAUUCCAAUUGAGUCAGGCAAUGGUGAUGGAACCAAGCCUAGAAAUAUCCUAGCUCUGGAUCUUAAUCUUCCUGCACCAGAAGAUGAUCUCAGGGAUGCCAAGUUCCAAUUCGGAGCACCCCAACAAGCUAUUGUUUUCACCACACCAGCUUUGAUAGAUUGCCAUUACUAAACCCAAAAAGAAGAAAAAUCAUGUAUCAAUGUGAAUCAUAUAUAAUUUGUAUUGUUUCAAUUCAAUAUUAUUAUUUACAAUUAUUAACUAUAUUCUUUGAA